AUGUACUUUUUUUUUCUUUUUCUUUUCUUUGUUGCCACGGCAGUUUUUUGCAAGCGAACCAACCAGUUUUUUUUUUUUUUUUUUUUUUUAAGAAACGGAAUAAUGGCCCAGCAAGGCAAAGUGGAACCGCAGGACCAGGACUCAUUUUUGGAUGACCAGCCCGGAAUUCGUCCGAUCCCGUCCUUUGACGAUAUGCCGCUGCACCAGAACCUCCUUCGUGGUAUUUACUCCCAUGGCUUUGAAAAGCCCAGCAGCAUUCAGCAGCGUGCUAUUGUCCCGUUCACGCGCGGUGGCGACAUCAUUGCUCAGGCGCAGUCCGGAACGGGAAAGACAGGCGCGUUCUCUAUUGGCCUUUUGCAGCGUCUUGACUUCCGCCACAACGUUCUUCAGGGGCUUGUGCUCUCUCCCACCCGAGAACUUGCUUUGCAGACGGCGGAGGUGAUCACCCGUAUUGGGGAAUUUCUUGCGGAGGGGAACUCCUCGUUUUGUGCGACGUUUGUUGGUGGAACACGAGUGCAGGACGACUACCGCAAGCUUCAGGCCGGCAGUAUUGUGGCGGUGGGUACACCCGGGCGUGUAGUGGAUGUGACAAAGCGUGGUGCGAUGCGCACGGAGCAACUUCGUGUCCUUGUUUUGGAUGAGGCUGACGAGAUGCUUUCACAGGGAUUUGCUGAGCAGAUCUAUGAGAUCUUCCGCUAUCUGCCAAAGGAGAUUCAGGUUGCCCUUUUUUCUGCCACCAUGCCCGAUGACGUGCUUGAGUUGACGAAGAAGUUUAUGCGUGACCCAACACGUAUUCUCGUGAAACGUGAGAGCCUCACUCUGGAGGGUAUCAAGCAAUACUUCAUUGCAGUGGAGGAGGAGCACAAACUCGACACACUUAUGGACCUCUACGAGACUGUGAGUAUUGCGCAGAGCGUCAUUUUUGCCAACACCCGGCGCAAGGUGGAUUGGCUCGCACAGCAGCUCAACCAGAGCAACCAUACCGUCAGCUGUAUGCACUCUGAAAUGCCAAAGCAGGAUCGUGAGAAGGUUAUGAGCACCUUCCGUAACGGGAGUUCCCGCGUGUUAGUUACGACGGACCUCGUGGCCCGCGGUAUUGAUGUACACCACGUGAAUAUUGUCAUCAACUUUGACCUGCCGACCAACAAGGAGAGCUACCUGCACCGCAUUGGUCGUGGUGGCCGUUACGGCCGCAAGGGCGUGGCGAUCAACUUUGUGACGCAAAAGGAUGUGGAGGUGCUGCGUGAGAUUGAGUCACACUAUCACACGCAGAUUGACGAGCUGCCAGUGGACUUCGCCGCGUACCUUGGCGAGUAA